CUUUGUUUACCUCAAAUAGCACAAAUUCAACAUGUUUCCUCGAGUUUGUUAAGAAACCAAAUGGAUAAUACUCGACUAUUCGCUUGCUCGGUAUUUUUCACAGUUUUCGGAUUUUGUUCUAACUUCAUAUCAUUCGUUUCGCCCUAUUGGAUCCAAUCAUUACCGGAGGCCAAAAGCCAAUUUCAGAGAAUCGGUCUUUGGACAGUUUGCUUUGAUGGUUAUAUGCGACCUGGACUAUAUGACAAGGCAUAUUUUGGAUGCUACUAUAUUUAUUAUGUCAUUUAUGAUCGUGUGAGAGAUUGGUUGAACCCAGUUUGGUUAUACACAAUACAAGUGACUGCAUCUUGUGGCAUUUUGAUUCAAUUUCUGGUUUUAUUCAUGGUCCUUUGUCAAGUCUCCGGUGCAGUUUCUAGAUCUGACCUCAAAGUACUGAAAUUUAUCGCUGGUGGUCAUUUCUUCACGUGCUUAACACUAACUGCUGCCUUAGUUGCAUUUGCUGUGGCUAGAUGUGAUAGCCGUUGGAUGCCUUAUCCUGAUUUGAAUGUCCUGUCAUGGGCAUAUGCUGUUGGCGUUUUCAGUUUCAUCUCGACAUUUAUCGCUUUUAUUAUCAGCUUUAUAAUUUAUCUUAAUUUAGAUGAGAUCAUCAACAGACAGAAAGAAAAUGAAGAUCUACUUGAGAAUGAAGAAAAAAUGGGUAUGAAUUCCCCACUUCCUACACAAAAUGAUCCCCGUUACACAGAACCUCAUUAUUUCACUGAUCCACAACCAUCGAGCUACAUGGGAAGCUCUAAAAUGCCAACUAAAAGCUGGAAAGACUCUGAGGUCACAUAUAACGUAGAUGAAGAAAUUUCUGAUUCUGAGAAUCCAUCGAAUUCACGCUUUAAUACUUCUCGUUACAUGUAUGACCCACGAAGUUAAAAUAACUCAUAAAUAAAUUAUUUCGACUUGACUUAUAAGAAUAAUUUGUAAUUAAUUACGUUUGAAGACUGUGAAUUAAGUAUGUUUAUUCUUAUUGUAUUCUUGAUGUGAAAAAUAUAUUAAACACUAAAAGAAACGGGGGA